AUGUACAGUAUUAGUGAAGAGGAAAAAAUAAAGGGCGCAGAGGUUGAGGCAAAGUUAACUGAAGCAGUAGAUCAGCUCAAACUGGAAAAUGAGAAGUGUACUGAGACUGAACAGUGUCUAUUGAAAGAUGAAAAUAAAAUAUCUGCAAUGGAAAGUGAGUUUCAAAAAGAAGAACUGCUUCAUCAACAGUCAAUACAGGCCAUCUCUGAGCAUUUAGAAACGUUGAGGAAUCAAGUACAAGAUAUUCGUCGUCGCAUGCAAGAUUUUGAUAAAGGGAAUAGGGAAAUGCAACGUGAAAUUGGAAAAGUAAAAAAUGAUAUCGCUGCAUUAUAUCGAGAUGCUAAUGCUGACAUGAAGAAUUUAGCCGUUUGUUUGAAUGAUUUUCUUAAAGAAUAUCUGGAAGCUGAGAAAGCGUACGAAAAAGAUCGUGAUCGAAUAGAGCGACUUAAAAAUAUUAUGAUCUUGGCUCUGAGAGAUUGGGAAGAGGAAUCGAUUCCGAGUAGAUCUGGAACUGGCAAAAUGGAUGAGGGAAAUGUUGAACAAAAUUUUAAUUGGUAUGCACGUCAUCAUCGUUUCAGGAUUGUGAAAAUGAAUAAAUAUUGGACAAUAUUUUUUUUAAAGAAUAAGAAUCAGUCUAAUACUGAAAUGAGACGAGCAGCAUUGUCUGUCAGUAAUGCCUCAGCCAAAUGUGAGAACAGAAAAAAAAAUCCAUACUUAAUUACAUUUCAGUAUUUGAAAGCUGGGAAAGCGUACGAAAAAGAUCGCGAUCGAAUAGAGCAACUGAAAGAUAUUUUGAUCUUGGCUCUGAAAAAUUGCGAAGAGGAAUCGAUUCCGACUAGAUUUGGAACUGACAAAAUGGAUGAGGGAAAUGUUGAACAAAGUAUUUAA